AUGUCAUCAUCUUCAUCAUCCGAUUCGACGGCAGUAGAGGAGACUAAGUUUAUCGGUUCCGUCAUGGCGAAAACGGUUGCAUACUAUCAAAACCGACUUGGUGAAACAUCACGUCCACGACCUAACCUAAGAAUGCCGCCGUUACGUAGAAAUCACGAAGCCGGACACGAUCGUCUUAUAGAAGAUUAUUUUACAGAUGACGCCGUCUACGCUGGGAAAAAAGGUUUCUCUCCCAUUCAAAAAUGCACGGCUUCAAUUCGUCAGCUAGCAUACGGCAUGGGCGCAGACAAAUGGGACGAGUAUUUUAGAAUGUCAGAGCGUACCGUGAGGGACUAUGUGUACAAGUUCUGCAAAGCGACCUGUUUGGUUUACGGGCAACGAUAUUUGCGCAAACCAACUAUCAACGAUAUCCACCAAUUGUAUACGGUACAUGAAGGCAAACAUGGAUUCCCUGGAAUGCUAGGUAGUAUCGAUUGCAUGCAUUGGAGUUGGGCAUUAUGCCCCAACGCAUGGCGUGCUGGUGCAAACAAUGACGUUAACGUGCUAGACCAGUCGCCUGUAUUCAACGAUAUCUACCUUGGAAAGUCACACGAUGUACCUUUUCAAGCAAAUGGGGUAGCAUAUAAGCAUGAAUACUCUCUUACUGACGGUAUAUAUCCUCCUUUGUCUGUUUUUGUGAAAUCGUUUACAUGUCCUAACGACCCGAAAAGGAAAAAGUUUAAAGAGGCGCAAGAGUCAGCUAGAAAGGAUGUGGAGUGA